AUGGACUACAAUGAUCCGUCGAGACGACAGUACGCGCAGAACCCAUACGCUACACAGCAACAGUCGCAGCAGCAGCAUGGCAGCGCGCAACAAACGACCAGCCAGUAUACGACUCCCGGGACCGUGGAGCGCUUUCGACAGACUUCGUACAUGGGACACUCACCGAGCAGUGUGCCAUCGACAUCAAGAGCGGGAGGCGAUGCGCACGCUUCGUUUUUGGAGAGCUCCUUCGCGUCCGGUCAAACGAUGCAAUACGGGACAGACCUGCAAAAUCCAGACGUGUCGCGGCAGCAGUCUGCGCAGCAAUAUCAACAGUAUCCCUCCAACAUCAUGUACGGUCUGGCGCAGCAGUCACAGCAGGCGACACAGUCGCCUUAUGACCCCGUUCAACGCUACACCCAACGGCCUGGUACCGCGUCCGAGACACUGGCGUCUCAAUUCGGCGCACCGCACACCGCUCAAUACUACCUUGGAGCAGGAACAGUUCCCACCAGUGCGACCAUGCCCGACCUUACGGCAUCACACCUGCCUUCGCAAUAUCAGUCUGGUGCAUAUGCUCAGGCUGGCCCUACGGCAGCGCAGACCUACGCUAGUGCGAUGAUCGAUCCAACGGCUGCGAGCGCGUACCCAGCUUACACAGCGCAAUACGCACAGCAGUUAAGCCAAUCAAUAGAUCAGGCUUUCAGCAAUUACCAGGCGCAGAUUCGCACGAUCUUUUCAAAAGUCCGCGAAGGGCAAUUAUGGGAGCUACCCAACAUUCUGCUUGAUGCUUCGCACUAUCUGCUGGGCAAUGUUGAAGCGCUGGGUAUAGGACUGACCAGGGACGAUGACAAUCUACACGACGAAAGGAUACGACUGUGGGACGAGUUCAAUCGAGCUUGGCUCACAACAUUGCAGACGCAGUACGACAUGACUCAGGACUCGAUGCGCAGCGGCGGUCACUCAGGCCAGCCAGCAACUAUGCACUCGCAAAACCUUGAGACGCUUUCUCGCGAGCUUGUGAGGCUUUGCGAUAGUGUCGAGAAGCAUGGCCUCGUGGACUACCAGAUGGGCGUCGCGGAAGAGGAGAUCAUGGAUUUAUUACUGCGAUGUCUUUCUCAGCUAGAUCCUGAGACUGCGUCCAAUGCAGAGGCUGGCGCAGAACCUUCAGCCUCGGGUGCUGCAAGAGGUCGAUGA